AUGAUGUGGCUGUUUUUAACAACAACCUGUUUGAUUUGUGGAACUUUAAAGGCUGAUAAAUUCUUUAAUUUGGAAAAUGAAGCAAAUCCUGAAGUGUUCAUGAAUAUUAGCGAAGUAAUCACCUAUAAUGGCUACCCCAGUGAAGAGUAUGAAGUCAUCACUCAAGAUGGGUACAUCCUCAACAUCAACAGAAUUCCUCAUGGGCGAAGAGACACUAAAAGCACAGGUCCCCGGCCAGUUGUGUACAUGCAGCACGCCCUGUUUAUAGACAAUGCCUCCUGGCUUGACAAUUAUGCCAACGGAAGCCUCGGAUUCAUUCUCGCAGAUGCAGGUUACGAUGUCUGGAUGGGGAACAGUCGGGGAAACACUUGGUCAAGAAAACACAAAACACUGUCAGUGACUGAAGAGAAAUUCUGGGCCUUUAGUUUUGAUGAAAUGGCCAAAUAUGAUCUCCCGGGAACAAUAGACUUCAUUGUAAAUAAAACCGGGCAGGAGAAGUUGUAUUUUAUUGGACAUUCACUUGGCACUACAGUAGGGUUUAUAGCCUUUUCCACCAUGCCUGAGGUGGCACAAAGAAUCAAAAUGAAUUUUGCCUUGAGUCCUGUGGCCUCAUUCAAAUAUCCCAAGGGCAUUUUUACCAGUUUUUUUCUACUUCCAACUUCCGCAAUCAAGAAAUUUUUUGGUACCAAAGGUUUCUUUUUAGGAAACAAUUCAGAGCUGUCACCUUUUGUCAAAAUCUGCAACAAUAAAAUAUCAUGGGUGAUAUGUAGUGAAAUAAUGUCCUUAUGGGCUGGAUACAACAGGAAAAAUAUGAAUAUGAGUCGGAUGGACGUGUAUAUGUCACACGCUCCCACAGGAUCGUCGAUACAGAACAUCCUGCAUAUAAAACAGCUUUACCGAUCUGAUGAAUUGAGAGCUUACGACUGGGGAAGUGAAGCUGAGAACAUGCGUCACUACAACCAGAGCCGUCCUCCACUGUAUGACUUGACUGCCAUGACAGUGCCUACUGCUGUUUGGGUUGGUGGAAAUGAUGUCCUUGUAACAAGCCAGGAUGUGGCCAGGAUACUCCCCCAAAUCAGGAAUCUUCAUUACUUCCAGCUGUUGCCAGAUUGGAACCAUGUUGAUUUCAUCUGGGGCCUCGAUGCUCCUGAACGGGUGUACAGUAAAAUCAUAGAUUUGAUGAAGAUAUAUUCCUAA